AAUGAUGGACAUGUCAUGCCGAUGCUGGGAUUUGGCACUUAUGCUCCUGAUCAUACCCCCAAGAGCAAGGCUGGUGAAGCCACCGAAGUGGCUAUUGAUGCAGGCUUCCGUCACAUUGAUGCGGCGUUCUACCAAAAUGAGGAGGAGGUCGGAAAGGCCAUUCGAGAGAAGAUUGCUGACGGCCCUGUGAAGAGAGAGGACAUUUUCUACACCACUAAGCUUUGGACAACUUUCUUUAGACCAGAAUUAGUUCGCCCAGCCCUAGAAAGGUCACUGAAGAAACUUCAACUGGACUAUGUCGAUCUCUUCAUUAUCCACAAUCCGUUGGCUAUGAAGCCUGGGGAGGAAUUGCUGCCUAAGGAUGCCAGUGGAAACAUUAUUUUUGAUACUGUGGAUCUUCGUGACACAUGGGAGGCCCUGGAGAAGUGCAAAGAUGCAGGUUUAACCAAGUCCAUCGGGGUGUCCAAUUUCAGUCACAAACUGCUGGAACUCAUCCUCAACAAGCCAGGGCUCAAGUACAAGCCCACCUGCAACCAGGUGGAAUGUCACCCUUACCUCAACCAGAGCAAACUCCUGGAGUUCUGCAAGUCCAAGGACAUUGUUCUAGUUGCCUACAGUGCCCUGGCAUCUCACAGAGACCCAAACUGGGUGGACCCAGAUAGCCCAUAUCUCUUAGAGGAGCCAACCUUGAAAUCCAUUGCCAAGAAAUACAAUAGAAGCCCAGGCCAGGUUGCCCUGUGCUACCAGCUGCAGCGGGGGGUGGUGGUCCUGGCCAAGAGCUUCUCUGAGAAGAGAAUCAAAGAGAACUUCCAGGUUUUUGACUUUGAGUUGACUCCAGAGGACAUGAAAGCCACUGAUGGCCUCAACAGAAAUUUCUGA